CGACCCUCCCUUUUCACAUCGUGAGACGUGUCGGCGGCGCUGUGGCGCGUUCGUUUUGCUGGGGCUCCUGCUCCUCAUCGUUUCAACCUAUGCACAGAGCUAUGCACAAAACUUGUACUGUGGCCGCCGUGAGUGCUACGACAUUCUUGGCUUGCGAGGACAAGAAACGACCGCGACAACGGCGGACGUCCGACGGACAUAUAGGACACCGUCAUUGCAAUUCCACCUGGACAAGAACUCGAGUCCCGACGCGGCCCAGAUAUUCCAGGAAAUUGAAACAGCAUACGAAGUGUUGUCGGGAGGUCUCUCUCGACAAGCAUAUGAUCAUGCACGUCAACCACGUGUACAAGCCACUUCGAAGGUACCAAGCAGCGCCGUUAGAAUAGGAAUUACGCGCAGGAAUCUACCACAUCCAGGUCGAACGCAUUGUGUCCUCUGUUGCUAGCUGCACCAUCUUGGGCAGGGUUUAGCCAGCCGUCAAACCUGCAUGCUAGCCACCUUUCCAACCCCCAAGAUCUCGAAACUAGCGUAGAGUAUGUGGGCCAGCGCAAUCGGUAGAAGACGAGUUGACGUGGGUCAAAAAUCAUACAAAGUCAAGAAUCGUAACCGACCGUGUU